UUGCUGCUUUCAGGUUACGUUUUUUCAGUCCACCGUCAUCCUCGCGCUCUAGCAUCACUCCCUGACAACAGCAGCGAUGGCGGAGCCCGUAGCAGCGGAUGCGGCGGCCACAGCGACAGCAGCAGCAGCAGCUGCAUCCCCGACCCUCUCUCCCGCAGGCAGCCCGGGCUCGGAGCCUCCAUCUAUGGCUCUGUCCCCCACGGCGGACGGCUCCCAGCGGCUGCUCUUCUCCCACGACCUGGUCUCCGGGCGGUACCGCGGCUCAGUCCGGUUUGGCCUCGUACGGAUGAUCCACGGCGAGGAGGAUUUUAACUCAGACUCGGACCUCGACGAUGGCGGUGGGAGAGGUGGUGGAGGAGGUGGUGGUGGUGGUGGAGGUGGAGGUGGAGGACGAGUUCCGUGUGGUUCGGACACUGAAAGCGCCGUGGACACCCCGAGUCGGCCUCUUGUUAGGGGAUUUGUCCGCGUCCAGUGGUACCCUGAAGGAGGAAAGCAGGACAUCAGGGAGACAAAGCUGAAACUUGAAGAUCGAUCUAUUGUCAUUAGAGACAUCGUGCGACGAAACAAUUGUAAUGACAACCAGUGUGGUAUUGUGACCAACAUUGACAUCGAGUGUGCCGUGAAACUGGUGGGAACGAACUGUGUUCUGUAUCCAGUUAACAGCAAAGACCUGCAGCACAUCUGGUCGUUUAUGUACGGUGAUUACAUUGCCUAUGACUUCUGGCUGGGGAAAGUGUACGACCUGACCAAUCACAUAAUCCUCAAGCUCUCCAAUGGAGCCAGGUGCUCCAUGAGUGUGGAGGACGGUGCCAAGCUUUACGACGUCUGUCCACAUGUCAGUGAUUCGGGGUUGUUCUUUGACGAGGCGUACGGUUUCUACCCAGGCCAGGUCCUGAUUGGUCCGGCAAAAGUCUUCUCUAAUGUUCAGUGGCUGUCAGGGGUCAAACCCGUCCUCAGCCGGAAGUGCAAGUUCAGGGUUGUGGUAGAAGAGGUAAAAGUGGUAGAGCUGAAGGUGACGUGGAUCACCAAGAGCUACUCUCCCAAAGGUUCGGACAGCGUCUAUCCUCCUUCUUCCACCAUCACACAGGAAAAUCUCUGCAGGGUGAGGCGUCUGGGAUACUACGACCACACCCAGAGGCAGCUAGGAGAGAGGGCCCUAUAUGUUUUCCCUGCUAAGGGGGAUGCCACACGCAUCACCUGUGAAGGACCCGAGGGUGCCCCUGUCCUGCCCGAAGACCCCGUAGCCAGAAAGUUGAAAAGGAUGUUCAAGAAGGAUUCGGGGAAGAAGAUGGAGAAUGCUGAUGCACAAGGCGAGCACAAAUCAGAGCAGACGGACUCGUCUCAUCCCAGCAACAACAACAACAACGGACCUGUGGUUCCCAUCCAGAACCCUCCGGACGCGCACAACACCAACGACACCUCAGCUGAACACGGGGAGCAGGACGCCGACGACGAGGCUGCCGAAGACACUGACGACACCAGCUCUCUGACGUCAUCGGCCAGCUCCACAGCCUCUUCUCAGAGCGGCGGUCUGGGAGCCAACCGGAAGAAGAGCAUCCCGCUCUCCAUCCGCAACCUGAAGAGGAAGCAUAAGAAGAAGAGGACCAAGUUUUCCCGCGAGUUCAAGCCUGGAGACCGGGUUGCAGUGGAAGUUGUAUCCACAAAGACCACGGCUGAUGUGAUGUGGAAGGACGGGCGGGUGGAGAAGGGGAUCCGAUCAAAUGACCUCAUCCCCAUCCAGCACCUCGACAGCCAUGAGUUUUGUCCUGGGGACUUCGUAGUGGACAAACGACCCCAAGCCCUGCAGGACCCGGGAGUAUAUGGUGUGAUCCAGUCUGGUGAUCACAAGGGCAGAACAUGUGUCGUUAAGUGGAUCAAACUCAACUCCUCCAGUGAGGAUGUGGAGGUUAUCGGCAUUGAGGAGGAUGUCAGCGUGUACGACAUCGCAGAUCACCCAGAUUUCCACUUCCGCACCACCGACAUUGUCAUCAGAAUAUGGAACUCAGAGAACGGACAGAACGAUUGCGAAAAUGAGACGUCGGUCGGCCAGGUGUCCAGGGUGGAUGUGAGCAGCAAAGUGGAGGUGGUAUGGGCAGAUAACUCCAUGACCAUCGUCCUGCCACAGCACCUGUACAACGUGGAGUCUGAGAUCGAGGAGACCGACUACGACUCGGUGGAGGAGACGAGCAGCGUCCUGUCCACUGAGGAGUGGGAGGACGAGAGCGACAGCUGGGAGACGGAUAACGGCCUCACCACUGAGGAUGACAGCCACAUCAACAAUGCAGAUGCCACCGACACAGCGACGCCGACCCCCACCCCCACCGGCUCCACGACGUUCAUCAUCCCCCCUCAAGAGGGUAGCAAAGUUGGGGUCACCAGCCCCACUAAAGCGGUCCCUGGAGAGGAGGGAGAGGCGUCCGUAGCUGCGGCCAGUCCUGGAGGAGGAACCACUCCAGGAGCAGUCAACGGAGCGGAGAAGCCCAGUAAAGACGGUGCCCCUCGAGGCUUCAGGGAGUUGAAAGAGGCCUUGAAGAUCCUGGAGAGUCUGAAGAACAUGACUGUGGAGCAGCUGUGGACUGGCUAUUCUCCAACCUCCCCGACCUCUGCCGAACCAGCUUCCACGACUCACGUAGCGGCUUCGGUGACGCCCACGGCCCCCGAGAAACCCACCAAGGAGAAACGCUUCCUGGACGACAUCAAGAAGCUGCAGGAGAACCUGAGGAAGACGUUGGACAAUGUGGCCAUCGUGGAGGAGGAGAAGAUGGAGGCUGUGGUGGAGGCAGGGGGAGGUGCAGGAGCUGGGACAGAGGCAGAGAGAGCUGGAGAGGAAAAGCCUCAGCAGGAGCCACAGACACCGGUGGGUGGACAAGAAUGGCCCAGUGAGUUUCUCAGCGACACACCAGUGCUGUGCCAACAGAGUGGAGGCAAACCUGGCGUCACCUUCACCAGUGCCAAAGGAGAAGUGUUCUCUGUGCUGGAAUGGGCACCAGACACACACUCAUUCAAGAAAAUGGAGUUUCAGCCAGCGGAGGCAAAGAAGUUCUUCAGCACAGUGAGGAAGGAAAUGGCUCUGCUAGCGACAUCACUGCCGGACGGCAUCAUGGUGAAAACCUUUGAAGACCGCAUGGACCUGUUCUCAGCUCUGAUCAAAGGGCCGACUCGUACGCCGUACGAGGACGGCCUGUUCCUGUUUGACAUCCAGCUGCCCAACAUCUAUCCAGCUGUGCCGCCUCUGUUCCGCUACCUGUCGCAGUGCAGCGGCCGCCUCAACCCCAACCUGUACGACAACGGCAAGGUGUGCGUCAGUCUGCUGGGCACCUGGAUUGGCAAGGGUACUGAGAGAUGGACCAGCAAGUCCAGUCUGCUGCAAGUCCUCAUCUCCAUACAAGGCCUUAUCCUCGUCAAUGAGCCUUACUAUAACGAGGCUGGCUUCGACAGCGAUCGAGGCCUACAGGAAGGAUACGAGAACAGCCGCUGCUAUAAUGAGAUGGCCCUGAUCAAGAUGGUCCAGUCUAUGACGCAGCUCCUCCAGAAUCCCGUGGAGGUCUUCAGACAGGAGAUCCAGGAGCACUUUGUCUCUAACGGCUGGCGGCUCGUCCACCGCCUGGAUGUGUGGCUCGAGCUGAACGAUGCUGCUGAGCGGGGUCAGGCAGCGCACAUGUCCUCCAGGGCUCAGCACUUGAAGGCUUCAUCUGUGGAGCCUCUGGACGAGCAGCUGCCCCUGGGCUCUGGCAGCCCCAGUAAGCCUGGGGAGGAGGGGGUCACUGGAGCAGGAGUUACCAGUAUUAUGGAAGAGGAGCUGGAGGAUUCAGGGCUGAGUCCCUCCACUACAGUGGACACUCAGCAGGAGCUGAGCCAGAAUGCAGACUGCGACAGCACCCAGGGAAACGCCUCUCUGGGUGGCGGUGACAACAGGGGUGGCUCUACACUCCCUGGCUCUGUGGUCCGCGGCGGGACGUCAGAAUCAGGUUCAGUCACGGUUAGCCAGCAGGUGGUGCGACCAAAGAAACGGAGAAAGAGCUACCGGAGUUUCCUCCCAGAGGGCAGCGGCUACCCGGACAUCGGCUUUCCCCUCUUCCCGCUCUCUAAGGGGUUUGUGAAGAGCGUCCGAGGUGUACUGCUGCAGUACCGAGCUGCGCUGGCCGCCGCUGGCAUCACUGAGCACUCAGAGGACAAUGUCUCUGCCGAUGAGUGCGAUGAAUAAAGAGGGGUGGACUUCACAUACCACCGCAAACCUUUGGGAGCUACUGCGUCACACGGGAACCCUCAUCUGUUCACGGACGCAGGUAAACACACGGAGCUUUUACUGGAGGCAGUCAAAGCUUCUUUUGGCCUCAGCAGGACUUUGACUUCAGUGGAGGGGGGGUGUGGAUGUGAAAAGGACUGUAUGAGAUGCUAAAUCAGUGCAAUUAACCCUCUCCCACCCUCCUCAUCCACCUAGCCUCCAGCAGCAUCGACCGUAUGGGUGGGGGGGAUUUGCUGGGUAGCCAUUCCACCGUCUCAAUCAGCCUGUAAAGCAGACUCGUGACCAGCGCUGAAUUUCAGACGAGGUCAAAGACGGCUGGAAAAACCGCAAGGCCCAAGCUCUCCUGGCUGCUGGAUCAUCUGCGGCUAUCUGUAGCACUACUGAUAUUAUCGCUGUACCAUCCUGCACUACAACAAACGAAUGGACAAUCUGGUCUGGGAGAGGUGACGCUGUAGGAAUACCAGGAGGAUUCUUUUUAAAUAGAAUUCACUGGUUGUAUGCUUUCUGCCAAAUUCACACACACACACACACACACACACACACACACACACACACACACACACACACACACACACACACACACACACACACACACACACACACACACAAGUAGAACAUACUGAAUGUCAGUAAAACUGCCAACCACAUCAGCUUCGCUACUUCUUCCAUUACAUUUGCUGGUGUUUUCCUUCGCCAGUCGCUCGCACCGAACCACGCAGCAAACGUCGAGUGACAAAGUUUACAUACGAACCUCUGGUGGUCAGACUGCUGUAGCUGUUAGGUGUGUAGAGAAGGCAGCCAGGCACAGGACCGACAGUCGAAGCUCAAGCUGUCGCCUCUACGUACAAAAGUUCCAUUCACUUUCUGUAGAAUUUAAUUUUCCGAUCACAGAAAUGAAACUUGCGAUUUGGUGUUUUGAUGUAUUUGAGGUUGUUUUGCUCGCCAGAGGCCGAAUUAUAGUUUUCAGAGUAAAGCUUUAGCCGCACUGCUUCACUUUUUCCGCGGCGGAGGUGAAACCACAUCACUGCAAAUGACACAAUUUAAAUAAUGAAUAAAAGCAGAAAAAAACGCACACAGCAUCCAUUCCGUCAUCUCAUGUCAACAUGUUGCCUUACUUGAACUGUUCUUAAUGAUCUCAGACCAUGGUGUACAGAGCUGCUUGUGUCAUGCUUUAGACAUUAACCUUACACAGACCUAGACACACACUUAAAAACCACUAAAACCAUGUUCCAGUGUUUUCCUCUUUUUAAAAGUGCAGAUCUCUGAUCAGUUUCCUGCUUGAGUCUCUCACACUGCAGCCAUCUCGCUGUAUUCUGAUUUUGCCUCUCCAAAUUGCAUGUGCAGAGUUUAAUUAAACAUCAGAAUACAAACUACAGUAUUUGUGAUGCUGAAGGUUUGUUAAUAUUAGAAUUAAUUUGCUUGAUUGUUAUUAUUUUCUAUCAUUAUUUUUUCCCCCACUCGAGCGUCUUACCCCACGAAGGCGACUGCCGACCCCACUGAUGCAGAUUACAACACGCUGAUAUGACUGUUGUCCGUGAUCAUCUUUCUCCACAUGGCAUAUAUUGAAUCUGGUUUUAUUUACCAAGUUACCAACAAACAGAAACUGUGCUGUAAUUAACUGUGAAUGAAAGUGAAAAUCACCUUUGGGUCCAAUCGUGCUUCCUGGGGAAAUCAGAGCAGUCUUUUGUUUACGUCCUUUUUAAAUAACUGUCUCCCACCUCUUAACAUAAUGCUCUUUAUUUCUUUCACGAUAUUGUAAUUCUCAUUGUAAUAAUAAUAAUUAUAAAACUAAUAACUAUAAAACUAAAUGAUAUGGCUGUCUGGUAUUUUACCUGAACAAAGAACUUUGAUGCUGAAGAGUGUUUCUGAAUGAGAGAGCACACUGUGCCAUGAUCAAGAAGGAUCUUAAGAAAUACUCAAAGAUCUUUUGAGGAUCGUCUGAGCCGAUCCGAGGCCUCUGAGGAGCCGGUGGACAAGCGCAGGUCCAUGAAGGACUACGAUUGCUACAGGGAACUGAAGAGCAGACGCCACAAGCUCACAGGAGGAGUGGACGCUGAGGAGCUGGACAGCAAUGUAGACGACUGGGAGGAGGAGACCAUUGAGUUGUGUUUUUAUCAACAAAGAAAUCAUUCCCCUUGGAGAUCUGAUUCUUGGCUCAUGAUAGAAAUCGUGAGCCAAGAGUUGCUGCGUUUUUAUAAAGACUUAAAAAUAGAGGGGAAUGAGGGUACAUUGUUUUGCUUCGUCUUCCAUUUUUUUUCCCCUCCUGUGACUCUUAAAACUGGCAUUCCUGUACCAGAUGUGGCAAUCAGGCGUCCGUGACAUUUUGUCUUAUUACUGGAUUUUACUUCACCUUCAAUAUUCCGCUGCCUUUAAUGCGAAAGGGGAGGAUGUGUUGUCUUCUUCACUGGCUGCUGUAGCAUUUAGCUUUGUUUGCUUUCCUGUCUCCGUUUUCUGUUUUUGUUUCUGGCCUCCACAUACAUGUUGCUGCUGUUUGUGAAAUGUCACCUUCACAAUUCUUGGUCAGAGCUCAAGUCUGAAGACAUAAAAAGCGUUGAGCCAUGGGUACAGAGUUGUGGAAAAGGUCACACACACUUAAAACAUAGCUUCGCCGAAGAGUUGAGAGGUGAUAUUGUUGCUCCAUCUUCCUCAUUUGUCGACAGUCGCUGAAACAGAAAAUGUGAAGCUAUCUCGCUAGAUGACAAAGCAAAAAAUCUGGCAGGGUAUCAAGCACUUGAUGUGCAAUUUUCUGUGUGCAUAUUAUUCAGAUUCAAACCAUUAUUAUUAUUAUUAUUAUUAUUAUUAUUAUUAUUAUUACUGCGAGAUGUUUGUUUUACAGCCAAAGCAUGUAACAUGUUGCUUUAAGCCUUUUUGAAUGGGCUACACACAAGACUUGACUGUACGAUGUCUACAUUUCCACAGUGGCCUGUUGUUGAUAUAUUUAAAAAAAAAAAAAAAUAAUAAUAAACUAAUAAAGUUAUGAUUUGUAGCCUGAUUCCCUCUGUACAGAUGUCAUGACUAUAUUGAAAUAUAUAAAUACAUACAGUAUAUAUUUAACACACAAACCUGAGUUCUAAUGUCACGUGGAUGCUUGGGGCAUAUAUGUACAAAAUGCUGAGUGUGUGUUGUACUUAAGAUUUAAAUUUUUAUUGGUUUACUUUUGUUUCGUUAAGACGACUGUAUAGUGAUGUAUUAAACUUUGCAAGCAGUACCAUA